UUGUCUGACGAUAGAACUGUAACAACAAAAUUAUCUAACUUUUGUCAGAGAAAAGUACUUUUCUGUUUUAAGGAAAACAAUUGUAAUAUUUUUGUGUAAAAAUGUCGAACGUUCUGAAGAUAUUUCGAUUGAGUCAUAGCGUGUUGGCCAAUAGCCGUUUAGCCCAGAUGCAACGCUCAAUUUCGAUUGCUGCACAUCAAAUGCAAAAUCUUAAAGGUGAAGCCCUGCAGAAGACAUUGCCACAAGAAGAGGAGAACCUAACUCCAAUUGAAUUAACACCAUCACAACGCAAUUUGGUCGAGUUUGUUACGGGCGAAAUCGUGGAAGAGCGUCGCGUGCAAUUGCAUAUGGAAUCGCCAUGCAUUAUCGAUGAUUUUACCGGAUAUUUCACUGGUUCCAAAGUCGAGCUCAUUAAGGAGUCGCCCGGCGAGCGUAUUAACAUAUUUUUCAAUGUCAGCAAGAGUGUGCCACGCCGCAAUGAUGAGACGGGCGAGCUGGCACCAGUGCGCAGCGUUCCCAAAUUUGAGGUGCUGAUCAAAAGAAAUGAUUUGCUGCUAUCCAUAUUUUGUGUAUUCAAGCCAUCCGCUUUUGAAAAUUUGGAUAUGGAUUUGGAGUUGGAUGCAUUGGAUCAGCAAGCACAAGAGAACUAUGUAUAUGAGAUACAGGACCUAUCCCUGUAUAAUAAAGGAUGGAACGACAGCUGCUUUACCAUUGACGCAUCCCUCAUCGAUGACAAUCUGCAAAUUUUGAUCCUUGAGAUGCUUGAAGAGAAGGGCAUCACCCAUGAGUUUGCCAGAAAACUAUCCGACAUGGCAACUGCGCGCGAGCAUGCCUUGUACAUUGAGUUCUUGGAAAAUCUGUCCAAGUUCACUGUGGGCAUACCCAAGCCAAUAAAGAAAGCUGCAAACAAAGCAUAAUAACAAAUACACAAUAUAUACAUAUUAUAUAUUAAAUGCGUUCUAAAUAAAUGCACAUGUGAUUCGAGCAAACGUAA